AGUGCGACACUGAAAGUCAUUAGUCAGUUUAAGAGUUGUCGGCAAUAUGGAUGAACAUCAACACCCACUGUUCUUUGAGGCGAAAGAGCUGACGGACAGAGAGAAGGAGAAGAUCAGGAGACACUUCCAGAAAAGACGAGAUUCAGGGGGAGGUGAAUGUGGACUGAUAGAAAAAGCUGGAGGCAACAUCUAUAAAAUCUGCUUCAAAGAAAAAGACGACCAGGAAAGGGUUUUGCAGAGGAAGUUUCACACCAUCUCACUUCCUAGUGGAGAGCUGCGUCUGACUGUGAGCCGAACCAGUUCACCAGAUCAGCCAUUGACGCAGACAUUUACAAAAACAAACACAAAAGCCCUCGAGAAAAUUUUCAAGAUGGAUGUUUACCUCCUUUAUUACCUGAGAGACAACUCUAAAGUGAAUAAAUUAUUGCAGAAACAACUCUCCUGUAUUGGCUGCACACUGGAAUUAAACUUUGAUGAAGAGGAAGCGUUGGUUAGGGGGGAUAUUGAGAAGGGGCCAGGAGGAGCUUUUGGCGCAGCAGAGAAAUGGGAGAUACAGGUGGAUCGGGUCUUCAUCGGUCUCACUGAGAGCUACCUCUCCUAUCAUGUGUUUGAACCUCAGCAAAUCAAAAUGCUACUGCAGGACCGCUCGUUUGAGACUGAUGAUAUCAAAGUGUACUCAGAGAUUUGUCACUCUGUGGUUGUGGGAGAAGCUGCGGCUGUGAGGGAGAGGAUUGCAAUGCUGGAAAAGAGCAUCCCAUCCCGGAAGGAACUGCCAAUCGCGGUGAAGCAGUUCACACUGGUGGAAGAAGAGUUCAAUCAAGAAAUGCGUGCACAUUACCCAGAAGUUAAGAUCCUCAAAAGCAGUAACAUGAUCAUCAUGGAGGGACCUGAUAAAGGGGUGCAGUCAGGAGCUACAAAACUUGAUGAACUGAUGAAAAGCGUAAAAGAAAAGAGAGUUGAGCUCGCAACAGAUUUAAUUACCUUCAUAAAAACCAGCGGUGCCAUCGCCAAGUACGAGGCUCGCUUCCAGCAGAGUCUCAGAAAUCCUGUUUCCAUAGAGGUGGGAUCAGACGUGGUUUUAUCCAGUUUGUCCUCUGGUGCCCUGGAUGAGGCUUGGGCAGCAGUGCAGAGAGACCUGAGUGUGGACUCUGUGAAGCUGCAGGGCGCUUCAGCUGCACCUCCAGAUCUGAACAGAGUGAAGGAAAUCCUCAUCAAGGCCAAGAAAGAGGCAAACUGUCGAGACUUCAGAGUGGACGUCAGCUUCAUCCCAGGACCCGGUGGAACCUCAGAGACCAAAGUACGCUGA